AUGCGGGAGAUGAACUUGUGGAAGGUUUUUCCGUGGGAGACGCAGUUGUUCGACAGUCACACUGUGCAUGUGAAUCCUGUGCUGAAGACAUUGGCGAACGAGGAACCAGUUCCUGCUGUGACAGAAGAUGCCCUGGUGGGUUCAAUGGAUGAAUCUGUGUUAAGGGUCUAUCCCAGUCAGCUGGUCAUGUUUCACCCGCUGAAGAACAUGUUGGGGUUCGAGGCCUGCUUGACGCUCCAGAGUUGGUCUCAGAAUGUUCUCUUUUAUCAGGUGAAGUUGAUGAGGGGCCCGCAAGUUGGGGAAUUUGGGACUCUGAAUUCCAUGGAGAAGAGGUCCGUUCGGUUGAGUUUGCCCGUGGAAUGGGCCAUGUUUGGCCAUCGGAUCUGGUGCAUGGUUGUAGCAUUCCCCGUGCCUAGUGAUGUCGUGGAUAUUGUCAGCUACGGAUUGUACAAGGUGCCGUUGAGUGGAGAGUAUCACAGGAGGGAGUGUUUAGUUUUGAGCAACGAUGAUGUCGGUGCCCCGGGUCUUGUGGAAUGUUUCUCAGACAUGCCGGUGGAUUUGAAUCUUGAGAUUGUGAGUCUGCAGUUCGAGUGUCCCGAGGUUCAAUUUGAGAGGCUACAACCCAAACAAGAGAAGCACUUGCGCAUUUGUUUCUGGAUUAGUGGAGACACUGAUUUUGGUGAGAGGAAGACGAGCCAGAAUGGCAACUUUCUGUCGUUGGAAACCAUCAUGCAGUUGCUGAGUUUGAGGAAAGAUCAGGUGGUGAUCAUGGCUGCGGCCUUGCCAAGCUGUUCGCCAAACGCGGAAGUGCAUGACAUGUCUGCUGUGUUUCUGGAUUGUUUCGGCCGGAAGGAGUUUCACAGGAUCAGCAUGUCAGGAAAGGGAAGAGACGUUAUGGAAAAUGAUCAUUUGUUGAGAUCACCGAGUCAACCGGACGUCCUUGGCAGAAUUUGGCAGAUGUUUGGGCUCCAAACGGAUGUUCUCGGAGACUCCUUGUGUGACCUUGCCGGGAAUUUUUCAAGAAGGCUCCCUGGGGGUGGAAGCGUCAGAGAACACCCGAACAAACCUGUUCCGACCUUCAGUCAGCUGCAGUUUUUGAAUCCCCAACCCGGCUGUGAAGAAGUGCCUGGAACGUUUUUAGAAAAUGGACAGGAUUUCAUGUCUGGCUCAGCCUCAGUUCAAAGCCAUAGACAGAGACCAACGAAAGUAGCUUUACCCCCUGUUUAUUCGGUGUUGAGCACAGAAGGCCAAAGCGUUUACAAAUCAGUGGCAACAAUUUUACCCGACAUCGUGACCCUUUUCUACGAACCCGGAGGGCAUUUGUACAAGGGUACUUUGCGUCUCUUGCUCACGACUGAAGUUUGUUCCGCGUUUGUGUACAAGGUCCUCACUUGUUACCCCGAAUGCAUGGGAGCCAGUAAACCCGUGGGAAUCGUAUUUGGAGACUCUUCGGUGUUGGAACAAACUGUGGAGAUUUCUUCCCUGAAAGAAGCUUUGCCCUCGCAGAUUAUUUUCCAAGUUGUACCCGUGCAGGGGACGGGAGAUUUGAAGAAGCAACCCCUGAGUGAUGGGGAACUUGACACUCUUUUACUGGCCUGUAGCAAGGAUCACAUGCAAUCCUAUGUGGUGGGUUGUCAGUCAGCGUCGCAUUCACAGCAAGUCAUGCAUUGGCUGGAAAAUGCGAGAUGGAGUGCUAAAAGUGUUGGAUUGGCAGUGACGGCUUUUCUCGCAGCUUUGGUACUUUCUUGCGCAGUUCACGGGCCCUUGGGGGACGGCUUUCUAGAGGUGGCCAGGUUUCCAACAUCACUGGAUGAUUUUGGCAUCUAUGCGGUGUUCACAACAACCGACGAUCAUUGGUGCAUCCGAGAAACGUUGUGGAGUUGGCUAGUGUUUACCCCUUUACGCGUUGCGGUUUACUGGGCUCAUGUGGCAGCUGGAUUAAAGCAAGAAGUGAGUGAUGUGAGUGUGUCUGGCGGAAGCUGGAAAAGUUGGUUGGGGCUUGAGCCGAAACCUGGAGUGUGGAAGUCGGUUUGGAUCAUGAUUCAGCAAUUUGGAGAAUCGGUAUUUAGCAUUGAUGGUCUUGGAGCAUUUUGUGCUCUUUUAUCUGCAGUUGCCCUUGUUGCAGUUGGGUCUUUUGGCAGCACCAGCAGUAGCAGCCCAGUGUUGCGCUCUCGGAAUAUCCUGUGUUUGGCUGGCAUCUUUUGCAGUUUUUUGCCCUGCGUGGCCAGUGGCCAGUGUCGGUUUCCCUGUCCACUCAGCGUUUUCCUCAGCAUCCCUGCAGCCCUGAGCGUGUCUCUGCUGGCCACGGUUGGUUGGUGUGCCUGGAAAGUGCCGAGUCGAAGGAACGCGACGACCUGGAGCAUUUGUUUGCUGCAACUCAGUUUCGUCUACUUUUGCUGCAAGUUUGGCUCGAGUUUCCAGUUUCGGACGUGGGACGUGUUUGUGGCGUACGCCUUUGUCGGAGUGUCGACGGUGUUGUUGUUGUCGUUGGAUUUGUUGAGUGUGGGUUGUAUUGGCGACUGGGCCACGAGUGUGCUUGGCAAGUUGUUGAGCUGAGUUUAACGCUGCUUCCUGCUGCGAAAAUGUUUUUUUUUCUAUUGCUAUUGAUUUUCUCUUUUUUUUCAUGACGAGAUUGCACGGAUUUUUCGAUGAAGCGUUUGAAUGUUGUUGCAUCUUUUCCUUCAAAAUCGAAUCUUAAGGGGUAAGGGGCCAACUCAAAUAUUUUCCAAUUUUGAGACACAUUUUAUGCAUCAGGAUUCGAAAAUAGGAAACGGAAACGAACCUGAAAAUAUCCCAGUUGUUGAUUUUUGGUUAAAUUAAGGAAGUCUUGUUCUGAAAAUUGUUCUUUGACAUUUAUUGCACAAAAUGCACGCAUCCUUUGUAUCAUAUAUCUUCAAGGACUCGUUCGACACUUUUCAAAAUUCAAUAUUCAACAUUGCGAAGCCAAUCGACUUUUUUUUUAAAGCAAAAUCCAAUCUUCAGCGUGGGCUUGAUGGUGCAUUUGUGAACCUGGUUUAUGAGAAAGGCUUUUUUUUUACUUGCAAUUUGAUGCAUAUUUUGUUGCAUAAAGUGGUUGUUUUAUGAA